AUGAGCAACAAUAUGAUGAACCAUGGAAAUGACAAUCAUAUUGGAAUCAAGCCAGAAGCCGAGGAAAUGGAUACAGACCACGAUGGUAAUAACUGUCACAAUGGAAGUGAAGCCCAAGGUGCAGUCAAUGGUGAUGUGAAACCACCGCUUUCCAACGAUGAAGAGAUGGAAGAAGAUGAAAGUCGAGCAGAAGCUACAUUCCAGUUUGUUGUGGAGAACUUCAGCAAACUUGAAGAAUCUACUCUCAGUCCACCAUGCAUGGUUAGGAAUCUGCCAUGGAAAAUCAUGGCAAUGCCUCGAAAAAACCAUGCUGACAGGCAGAAGAGUCUUGGUUUUUUCCUGCAGUGCAAUGGAGAAUCAGAAUCAACAUCAUGGUCUUGUCAAGCAUCAGCGGAGCUGCGGAUGCUAAAAUGGGAUCCAGAAGGAGAACCAUGCAAGCGCAAUAUCCAGCAUCUGUUUUACCACAAGGAGAAUGAUUGGGGUUUCAGUCAUUUUAUGGCUUGGCAAGAUGUGUGUGACCCCUCUAACGGCUACAUCAAGGAUGAUAAAAUCAUCUUGGAAGUUCAUGUCACAGCUGAUGCCCCUCACGGAGUCAGUUGGGACUCUAAAAAACAUACUGGUUAUGUAGGCCUCAAGAACCAAGGAGCUACUUGCUACAUGAAUUCUUUGCUGCAAACAUUGUACUUCACCAAUAAGUUACGGCGUGCUGUGUACCUGAUGCCUACGGAAGGUGAUGACAGCACCAGAAGUGUCCCUCUUGCUCUUCAGAGAGUCUUCUAUGAGCUACAGUUCUCAGAUAAGCCAGUAGGAACCAAAAAACUCACAAGAUCAUUUGGAUGGGAAACUUUGGACUCCUUCAUGCAACAUGAUGUUCAGGAACUUUGCCGUGUGUUGUUAGAUAACAUGGAAAGCAAGAUGAAGGGAACAUGUGUGGAAGGAACUAUUCCAAAACUCUUUGAGGGUAAAAUGUUGUCCUACAUAAGAUGCAAGCAUGUGGAUUAUGAUUCCAAAAGGGAAGAAACUUUCUUUGAUAUUCAGUUGAAUAUCAAAGGCAAGAAAAGCGUGUAUGAGUCUUUCAAGGAGUAUUGCACAGUGGAAACUCUGGAUGGAGAUAACAAGUAUGAUGCUGGGGAAUAUGGUCUGCAGGAAUCUGAGAAAGGUGUUGUUUUCCUCUCAUUUCCUCCUGUGCUACACCUGCACCUCAUGAGGUUCAUGUAUGAUCCUGUCACAGAUGCAAACAUUAAAAUUAAUGAUAGAUUUGAGUUCCCAGAGCAGUUGAAUUUAGACGAAUUUCUUCAAAAGAAAGAAAAGACGUCAGCAACUUACGUGUUACAUGCAGUUCUUGUACAUAGUGGAGAUAACCACGGAGGACAUUAUGUUGUAUAUAUUAACCCUAAAGGAGAUGGCAAGUGGUGCAAGUUUGAUGAUGAUGUUGUUUCCCGGUGUACAAAGUCUGAAGCCAUUGACCACAACUUUGGUGGACAGGAUGAUGACCUGACUGUCAGACACUGUACAAAUGCAUACAUGUUGGUGUAUAUACGUGAAAGUGAACUGAAUGAGAUUCUGGAACCUGUGAGUGAAAAGGAUAUUCCUGAUUCAUUAACAGCCAGGCUGAAUGAUGAGAGGAAGUUGGAAGCAUUAAAGCGUAAAGAAAGAACAGAAGCUCACUUGUAUAUGAAUGUUCACAUUUUGACCGAGGACAACUUCUGCGGACACCAGGGAAAUGACUUGUUUGAUGUUGAAAAAGUCAACUACAGGGCAUUUAAAGUGAAGAAAACAUCAACACUUGCAGAAUUUAUGGAAAUCCUUGCUGAAAAUUUGAAAUAUCCUAUACAACAAAUCCGGCCCUGGCCAUUUCAUUGCCGGCAGAACCAAACAUUUCGACCAACAGUCCUUGAUGUGGAGGCAGAUUGCAACAAACAGGUCUCGGAGCUUUCUGAACAAGAAAACCCUUGGGUCAUAUUUGUUGAAACAUUACCUCCUGAGAGCAGCAAGCAAGAACUGCCACCAUUCGAUAAAGACA